GUGCUGCGGACCUGGCUCAUUGAACGGUUCAGAGAUAACUCGACAUCCUUCGGAUUUUAGUCGAAAAUGGCAGCAGCUGAAGUCAUGUCAAAUCAGAGUGUGGUGGAGAGGGUGGCCAGCCUUCCUCUGGUGAGCUCCACCUACAGCCUGGUGUUCAGUGUCUACGCCACCACCAAAGACCACCACCCUUACAUCAAGACUGUGUGUGAGGCCGCGGAGCAGGGGGUCCGCACCAUCACCUCCGUGGCCCUCACCACCGCCUCGCCCAUCAUCAACAAGCUGGAGCCUCAGAUCGCCGUGGCCAACGAYCUGGCCUGCAGAGGUUUGGACAAGAUCGAGAAAACUUUACCGCUCCUCCACCAGCCUCCUGAGCAGAUCGUUUCCAGCGCCAAAGAUGUCGUAACGGGGAGAGUGUCCGGGGCCGGGGGCUCCGUCUCCGGCACGCUGAGCUGCGUGGUGCAGCGGACCCGCGGAGCGGUGCAGGACGGCGUGGAGAGGACCAGGGCCGCCGUCAGCACCGUGCUGGAGAGCAGGGUGGCCCAGGCCGUCAGCAGCGGCGUGGAGACGGCGCUCAGCACGUCGGAGAGCCUGGUGGAGCAGUACCUGCCUCUGACUGAGGAGGAACUGGAGCCGGAGGAGAAAGAUGAGGGAGGCUCUGGCRAGCAGCAGAGCUACUACGUGCGUCUGGGCUGCCUCUCCGCCAAGCUGCGCAGGAGAGCGUACACCCGGGCCGUGGCCAGGAUACGAGCCGGCAAACAGCGCAGCCUGGGCCUGAUUUCUGAGCUCAACUCCACCGUUGACCUGAUUGAAUUCAGCAGGAAGAACAUCAACAGUGCCAACCAGAUGGUGAACAAGCAGCUGACCUCACUGGUGUCGUGGAAGUCCAGUCCGACUCAGCAGAACGGUCACCAAGCAGAGGUAAUCGAGUCUCGCACCUUAGCUCUGGCUCGUUCCCUCACCCAGCAGCUGCAGACCACCUGCCUGGUCCUGGUCUCGGGCCUGCAGGGAAUCCCCGGCCACGUCCAGCAGGAGGCGCUGUCCCUCAGCCGCUUGGCAGCGCAGACGUACGCCAGCUUCAGCCGGGCCGAGGUGCUGGGAGACGUGCCGGACGGCGCGUUGACCGCCAGCAGGGUCCGGCUGGGCAGGAUGAAGGACUCUCUGGACAGGGUCAUGGACUACCUGGUCAACAACACGCCGCUCAACUGGCUGGUGGGUCCGUUCUACCCGCGCAUGGUGCCGUCAGACUCUGCGCUGGCUCUGCUGCACCCUGAGGAGCCCGUGGAGAUGGAGUCUCUGUGCUCCCAGAAGCAGCAGAGUCUGGAUUAAAGACGUUUAUUUUCUGACUAAUUUCACUUUAAUCCUGUUAAAUGAUUUAUUAUCAAACAUGUCUUCAUUUGUGCUAAAGUUACUUCUUUUUUUUUUGCUUUUAAUGACAUUUAUAAAAGGUAAUGAGGCCAACUCUUAUCUGUCUUCUUUAUAAAGUUUAUUGAAACCAUCAAUGAAAUUAUUAAAAAACUUUGUGACCAA